GUCGGACUUCACUUCAUCUCUUGUCUGCAAAUGUCGUGGCCGCCUCUCUCGCACCUCAGACAUCUCUCGUACGGAAUGACCGUAGGCAGAGCGAGUUUCAAUCGCAGCCAUGGAACGCGUCGCGACACGCACCUGCCUCGCGCCUUCCCUCCUCUCCAGAGACAGCACCGGUCCGCAUCACCCUCUCCUCCGCCUUUUCCACCCCAUCCUCUCUUACCCUCUCUCCCCCAACCCCUCCCACUCUCAGCGCCAUGAAGCGCUUCGCUCCCCCCGCCGGCCCAGAGCCGCCCCACAAGCGCGCGCGCCUCGACUCCAACGCGCCUGCGAACAAUCAGUCGUCCGGAAGCUCGCCCACUAUCAAGGCCGAGCCUGUUGCUUCUCCUGUCCUUGCUCCCGUCGUCACCGUCAAGGAUGAAGCUGCUGCCUCGAACAGUGGCUCUCAGACGACUGCUUCUCAAGCUGCUACUCAAGCUCCGCGGGCUCACAGUCAAGCUGCUAACCAGGUCACUGCUCGUUCUCAGCCUCAGCCCUCCAACCCUGUCAAUGCCCUUCCUGCUGCUGUUCCGACUUGUGAACCGCAUACUCCGUUUCGAUUUCAAUUUCAGCCUGCCGGCCCUGGCAACGGACACACCCCGGCCGCUCCUCAUAAUGAUUUAUCCCGCCGGCCUGAGGUCAUUGCCGGUGGCGCUCGCCAGCCAUCAGUGCAACUCCUCACAGCUGUCAGCGGUCUUAGCAACCGCCAGCUAAACGAGCUGCUCGUCCGACAUGCGUCGGCCAACGGAACACUCGCUGCCGAGGUCACGCGCUUGUACGAAGAGCGCAUCCGCCUUGAAGAACGCGCCGUGGAAGGGUUCCAAACCCUCAGCAACAACCUUUGGAAUGAGCUGCGCGUCACGUACAGCAACAUGUCGAACCGGCGCCAGGCCGCCGCUUCGUUUCGCGUGGUCCAGGACAUCUGCAGCGCCAUCAACACGAUCCGACAGGCUACGUUGCCCGGAACCAUGUUCAGGACGCGCUGCCACGGCUUGUUCGCGCUGCGCAAGAUUGGGUGGAACAUCGUUCUGGCUGGAGGCGGCAAGCUCGUGCGUCAGGUCAUUUGGCAGCUACGGAACGACGUGCAGCUGACCGAUACCAUAUGGGAAAUCAUCUGUAAUAUGACCGAGGAGGAGAGGGAGCAGAUGCGGGCGUGCGACUGCGGAGAGGGCAGGUUUGACGACAAGAUGGAUGAGCUGGCCGAGAUGGCAGAAGAGCACGGGCUCUUUGCGGAGAUGGACGAUUGCAUCGAUCUGCUUUGGAAUCAGCCAGAGGAAGACGAUGAUGGCAAUGAUGGCGACGAUGACGACGGCUAUUGGGAAGAUGGCAACAGCUGGGGCUAUGAAUAUGGGCGUGGCAACACCUACAACUUCUACAACUACUCGUGA